AUGGCCUUUCCUCAAGAUCCGGCGACACAAGGCCAGCUGCCAGGCGCGGGAUCCACGAUUGACUCGGACACUGGGGAACCCGCUCACAAACGCUCCCGAUCGAAUGCCGAUACUCUAAUUGGCGCUGCCGCGCAAACGAACAACGACCAAGCAGAAGAUGGCACCGGGACGGCCGACAAAACACGCCUGUACAGUUGUGGUAAAUGUUCCAAAAGCUAUGCCAGACUAGACCAUUUAUCUCGCCACGUUCGUAUGCACACGCAGGAGAAGCCGUAUCAAUGUCAAGUCUGCAGCAAAGCCUUUGCGCGCGCAGAUCUCCUCAAGCGCCAUAGUCUCGGCCACAACAAGGACGAUCCACAAGCGAAACCUGCAAUUGUUCAACAUAGUCGGGUAUCGCAAGCUUGUGAGGCCUGUGCUAAGCUACAUCUUGCUUGUCAGGAAGAAAAGCCGUGCAAACGAUGCUCCAAGAAGGGAAUUCAGUGCAAUUACACGCCCAGCUAUAUGCCAAACGAUAUGCAACAGUCUCCACCUCUGCAGAGCCCACGUCAAGAUCAGCAGGCUCAUCAUCAAUAUCAACAGCAGCAGCAUCACUAUAAUGACACAGCGCAUUCUGUGUCAUAUAGGAACAUGCAAAACAUGCAACCAAUUCACCAAGCUCAGACGCCGUCAAUGCAGCAUCGCGCCUCGUUUAGUCUUCCGGGUCAGAUGGUCACAGAGCAGGCGACGCCAUCACACAUGCAGCAUAGCCAAAUGGGCAUGGAUGGGAUUAUGAUGCCACCUCAGGGACMCAGCGUAUUUGACUACCUGAGAGACAAGAUGAUGCCGCACAACAACCAGGGAAAUGUGCAAGCGGUCGACUUCCAGGCAGGUCCAUGGACCCCCCGAGAAUUGUUCGAUUUUGGCGUGGACACAAACAUGGAGCUGAACGAUACGGAUCUCACAUUCAUCGAUACAUACAACAAUGCUAAUCCCUUCGAUCUUCGCACUCCGAGUAUAGGGUUCCCUACGACUGGAUCAGACAUCRUGCCGAGCUUCACAUCUGCGCCUGCUCCGCUGCUCGACACCACUGCUCUCCCUAAGGCAUCUGUCUGGCGGUUCCGACCAUUGUCGAAGGAUUCUGGAAGCGCGGAACAGGUCAACCUUUCUCUGCCGACGCCGACGAGCCUGGACAUCGAUCGACGUGUGACGUGCGAGCCACUGUCGCAAACAUCUCGAGACAAAAUACUUGCCAUGAUUCUGAGCACAUGCAAACCGAAUAGCAUUCCGCGCGCCGUGGCAUGUUUUYCAUCGAUCGGUCUUUUGGACAGCUUAUUCCAAUUCUCUUUAACGUCUCCCGGAUCUCACGCCAAACAUUGGAUUCAUGCGCCAACUCUUCUAGCAGGCCAGACGCGACCAGAAGUGCUAGCUGCAAUCGUUGCUGCUGGUGCGGUAUUGACACCCGACUCCUCAAUCCGAAAAGUCRGCUACGCAAUCCAAGAAGCAAUACGAACAGCGGUGCAGGUUCAGGUGGAAGAGGACAAUACGCUCAUGCGCGAUCUACAGAUUAUGCAAGCUUCUCUGCUGCAGUUGAAGAUCGGUUUGUGGAGCGGAGAUUCCCGAAAGAUGGAGCUGGCAGAGGGGUUUCAACAAGUCCUGGUGACCAUGGCACGGCGCGGUGGCCUCUUCCGACGUGGGACUUACGAGCGCAUCGUACCGUAUGCAGAAGACCAAGGAGAAGUUCUCGAACGGAAGUGGAGGCAAUGGGUGAAGCAAGAAYCUCGGAAACGCUUCGCUUUGCAUCUCUUUCGGCACGAUCUAGAGGCUUCGGUCUCGCUUCUCAGCAGUCCAUUGAUCUCCUAUGCGGAGUUGUACUUGCCGCUACCCGAGUCUGAGAGUCUCUGGCAUUCACCCUCGGCUGAAUCAUGGAAAGCUACCUACAUGCGAAACUCGGGUCCACGCCAUGAGCGACAGCCUUCAUUGGUUGACUGCAUCCAGGAUCUUGACAUCCUGGCGGUACGAGACAUCUUCGUGGACCAGCGACAGGCUUCGAUGGCUGUUCUGGGAGCUGCCUGGCGAAUGAUCUGGGAGUUCAGGCAAAUCGACUCAACAAUGAAGGAUCAUCACAAUCAAUGGAACAGCGGGAACAUGCUGAUGAGUACCAGACAUCAAGAAUUGACAAAGCUGAUGCAUUGCUUUCGGAUAAGUUCCGUGGAAGACACAAAGGUGGUAUUGAUUGUUGAGCUCUUACUGAUGCACUUGCACAUGUCGCUGGAUGACGUGCAACUUUUCGCUGGUGUUGAAGGAGAAGAGGAAUCGAGAAGAGUGUACCCAUCGCUGGUUCAAUGGACCCGUACUUCGACUGCUCGGCAGGCACUGUGGCAUGCAGGCCAGGUGCAACGAGCGGCGAGGAAUCUUCGGCCUGGUUUGAUCUGUGACUUUGCAGCGAUUGCAGUUUACCAAGCUUCGUUGGCUUUCUGGUCGUACGGCAUCAUCACUCGAGCUACCGAUCCUGGACCUCCAGUCAGGGAUAAUGGCAUGGCAUUCCUCGAUGACGAAGAAGACCAUUCCGUCAAGCGCUGGCUGAUCCACGGCAAAGGAACUGCUGCUAUCCGAACGUGGGCUGUCACGUCUCCCGCUGACGGUGCAGCUCUUGUCGCAAACCCAGACGAGGUCAUUGGAGCUGUGGUCUCACUCAUGAGGCGAAAUCACAAUGAGACGAGGAACCCUCCGCUGGUGGAUAAUUUGAUCAACAUCAUGGAGGGAUUGAGAAAAGUGGCAAUGACAAGCAAUGGAAUGUAA